GUUGCGGGGGGGGGGGUUUCACUGGCCAUGGGGUUAAAGUCCAGGGGGGUCAAAUAAAUGGUGUCUCCACUCCCGGGCAGGACCAGGUGGUGAAGGAGGACAGUGUGGAGGCUGUUGGGGAGCAGCUGAAGGUCUACCACCAGCAGUACCAGGACAAGAGCCGCGAAUACGACCUCCUCUACGAGGAGUACACCCGUACCUCCCAGGAGCUGCAGAUGAAGCGAACGGCCAUUGAGGCCUUCAACGAGACCAUCAAGAUCUUUGAGGAGCAAUGCCAGACCCAGGAGAAGUGCAGCCAGGACUACAUGGAGCGCUUCCGGAGGGAAGGGAACGACAAGGAGCUCCAGCGGAUCCUGAUGAAUUCGGAGAAGCUAAAAUCCCGGAUCACGGAGAUCCAUGACAGCAAGAUGAAGCUGGAGCAAGACCUCAAGCAACAGGCGGCCGAGAACCGGGAGAUCGACAAGCGGAUGAACAGCCUCAAGCCAGACCUCCUCCAGCUUCGGAAACUCCGGGACCAGUACCUGGU